AUGACAUUCCCUGAGCAUUAUUAUCCCUUAGACAACUCUGUCAGACUUUUCGCACAUAGCUGGCAAGGUCAAGUGUCCAAGGCCUGUUUGGAUAGUUCAAUGACAUUCCCUGAGCAUUAUUACACCUUCACAACUCUGUCAGACUUUUUGCACAUAGCUGGCAAGGUCAAGUGUUCAAUCACAUUCCAUGACCAUUAUUACACCUUAGACAACUCUGUCAGACUUUUUGCACAUAGCUGGCAAGGUCAAGUGUCCAAGGCCUGUUUGGAUAGUUCCAUCACAUUCCAUGACCAUUAUUACACCUUAGACAACCCUGUCAGACUUCUCGCACAUAGCUGGCAAGGUGAAGUGUCCAAGGCCUGUUUGGAUGGUUACUUCACAAUGCAUGACCAUUAUUACACCUUAGACAACUCUGUCAGACUUCUCGCACAUAGCUGGCAAGGUCAAGUGUCCAAGGCCUGUUUGGAUUGUUCAAUGACAGACUUUUUGCACAUAGCUGGCAAGGUCAAGUGGAGAAACAUGCUAUCAACAUCAACAUGA